AUGGGUUUGGUGGACUUGCCAAUUACUGACCGUAAGUUUACAUGGUUCAGAGGACAAUCCUGUAGCCUUAUUGAUAGAGCUUUAGUUAGUUUGGAAUGGCUUGAGGCAUUUCCAGAGACUCACUUGAGAGGUGGUCCAUGGGGAUCGUCUAAUCACUGCCCUAUUAUAAUGGAAGAUAAGAGGCUAAGGAAUGGAUCGAGACCGUUCCGAAGUCUACAUUCGUGGUUUACUCAUGAAGAAUUUCUAAGAAUGGUGAAGGAGGAAUGGCGAGGGUUAGGAGAGGUACAAUUCACCGAUAAACUCAAGGCGUUGAUGAGUCCAUUGGGAAGAUGGCAUAGAGACAACUUUGGGGAUAUGGACAAGAAAAUUAUGAAGUUUGAGGAAGAGAUUAAGAAGAUUGAAGACAUGGUCGGUAAUGGGCCGUAUGAUGGGACAAUGGAAGCAAGAAGGAGGGCACUAGUUACUUGUUGCAAGAAAUGGUGUGUGAGGAAAGAACUACAUUGGAAGCAGAUGUUGAGGUCGAGGCAUGCGAGGGACAUGGAUAAAAACACGAGAUAUUUCCACAACUUAGCUUCUGCAAGAAAGAGGAAUAAUAAGAUUGAUGCUCUGGUUAUUAAUGGAAGAUUGACAAGGAAUCAAGCUAGGAUUAAGAUUACUAUCACGAAAUUUUAUAAGGACUUAUAUCAUCAAGAGAAGUCGCCUAUGGUGGGUUUCAGAGAUAGUCUAGUGGAAAGGAUUAGCGAGGAGGAUGCUCUGGCUCUAGAGAUGUUACCGACACCUCAGGAGGUUAGAGAGACAGUGUGGGAUUGCGAAUCUUCCAAGGCUUCAGGAAGUGAUGGCUACAACAUGAAUUUCAUUAAGAAGUGUUGGAGUGUUGGGAUGAAAUCGGCUCGGAGUUCACAACAGCGAAGAUGGGAUCUAGACGAAGAUGGAGGGGUGGGUUAUGGAGUGUAUCAGUACGUGCUCUAUGUCAAUAUUGAUAAAUGGUUCGCCAUCCAAGCCGUUCAAGAUGGAAAGGGGCCUGCGACAAGGUGA